GCGGAAGAGCUGAGAGUCUCCGCGGGUCAGUGUAGUGUGUCGAGCCGCGGCGGCAGGAUGGGCUCCCGGUGUUUAGCGCUGUUGUUUCUCUCGGUGUUUUCUUUAUAUCACGCUACAGCGGAUAACGGCAGCGUUAAGAAGCUGAAGAUGCAGUACACCGCCGGACCGCUGCUCAAAUUCCAGAUCUGCAUAUCCUGAGGAUACAAGCGGGUGUUUGAGGAGUACACUCGGGUUCUUGCCCAGAGGUACCCAGACAUCCGCAUCGAAGGGGAGAACUACCUGCCUCAGCCCAUGUACAGACACUUUGCUUCCUUCCUGUCCAUAUUUAAGCUUGCAGUGAUUGGUCUCAUUGUUGUGGGAAAAGACCCGUUUGUGCUCUUUGGUGUGGAGACCCCUGGACUCUGGGCUUGGGGUCAGGAGAAUAAGAUAUAUGCUUGUAUGAUGGUGUUUUUCCUCAGCAACAUGAUUGAAAACCAGUGUAUGUCCACUGGUGCCUUUGAAAUAUCACUGAAUGAUGUGCCUGUUUGGUCCAAGCUAGAGUCUGGCCACCUUCCCUCCAUGCAGCAGCUGGUCCAGAUCCUGGAGAAUGAGAUGAAGCUGAAUGCACACAUGGACACCCUGCCCCUUCAACGAGCCUAAGUCAAGACUGUUGGGGAAUCAGAGCUCUUCCUUUUCCUGUAUAUGUUAGGACUACACAGUCAGUAAAGGGGCACCAAUGAAAGUCUUCACUGAAAACAGAGUCUCUGCUGGUGUAGACUGGAUGUCCUCGUCCACUUUUACUGUUAGCUGUGGGAGUCCUGACAUACACAGUGGGUCGACUGCCUCUGGAUUAGCAAUGGUUUUAUUGGAAUGGUGGGAAAUCUUAUUUGAAAAGUCCUUGUGAAAGCUACAGCCUUUCAUUUACUCUAGAAGUCAGAUAUUGGAGCUGGGAAUGAUCUCACAGCUGAGUUAAUGAUGUUCCAGUUCAUUCAGAUAAUUUUACAAAAUUUUAAAGCAUUUUUAAAAUGCAAUAUUAUGGUAAUAAUAUGAACAAUACCAGUUAAUAACAGUGCUUUACACAGACUUUUACAUACUUAACAACAUGGAGAAUGGAGUCAUAAUUGGAACUUCGACGUCCGCUUUUAAAUGGCACGCAGCAAUCCUACAUUUGGCUAUCCAUUGUUAAUUAAUAAGCCUUGUUGCUCUUAAAGAUGCAGUCAGCUGAUCUACACAUGCACUUUUCAAUAAGCCCCCCCCCCCUCCCAGUCUUUACAAAAACAGUUAAUUGUUUAUAGUAACAGUAAUCAAGGGCCAAAGUUGUGUGUGUAAUUCUGUUCCCAUUAACGCACACAUUUUCCGCGCACAUUUUUGAUACUUAUGCAUAAUUUCCCAGAUUAAAAAAAUUGCUCUUAUGGCAAACAAAACACACGCACAAUUAUAAAUUAUUGUGAUUUUAGAUAUAUGGAUCAAGAGUUUUAUUCAUAUCUGAAGAAUUUUAUGCUAAAGACUUAAUAAAGAUGAAAUACAUACCUUACUGUAUAUUUUAUCCAGAUCAUGAGGAAAUGUACGUCAUUGAGUUAAUAUAUUCCGAUUUGUUUAUUUUUUUCAAUGUUUCUUUUUAUAUUCUCAACUGAAAUAAAAUAUCAUUUAUGUCUAAAA